GGCGUUACCUCUUCUCGGUUUUCUUCUUCUUCUUCUUCAUCUUGAGCCAGCGAGGUUUUCUCAGGAAUGGACUCCCAAAAAGGUCAGUCUGAACAACACCAGCCUUCUGCUACUACCCCACCUAUAACUUCUUGUCGAAAAAAGAAGUCAGAUGAUGCAACUUUCUUGGAAGAUAUGAAGGACCAUAUUGACGAGUUCAUUCAUGCAUCUGUGGAUGAACACACAAGUUGUUUUAAGAAGACCAUUUCAAAGAUGUUUGGAAUGUCAAAGAUUGUUGCAGAAAGGAGUUCAGAACAAAAAGAAGUUGAAAGCACUCUUCCCCUUCGGACAACUGUAGCUGACUAGAAUAUUUGACAUCCUUUUCUGAUCAGAGGAACAUGAAUAUAUAUAUUUUGUUAUCAGUUUUCUAUUUUGACAAAAGUACAUGAGAACUAUAAUAAUUGCCUACAAGCACAUUGAACUGUCUAGCUCAUAACAUGUAUGGAACUCAGGCCUCCGGAUGAUAGGUAUAUUUUGGAACAUCAUCUAUUCCAAACUUACAGCAGAUGCUUUCUCUUU